CAGCGCUGUGAUGUAAGUUCCGGCACAUUACUUUCCCCGGGAAGGUGAAUUGGCGCGGAUAGUGUUGUUGUACUGAGCCGCCGUGGCUGUGUUAAACAACUAUUAGAAGCAUACAUAAAACGGGAAGAACUUAAAGCCGUGAUUUUGGUAUCAGACUCAUAAAACGACAUGGACGAUCCGGACGUUGAUAAUACCUAUGGUUUGGCGAAAACCCGCUCUAAACGGGAGAAGAAGGAAAAGGUGGGGAGGAAGAAUGCACUGGAGCAGCUCAAGAAAGCCAAGAUGGGGGAGAAGAUCAAAUAUGAAGUGGAGGAGUUCACCAGUGUGUAUGAGGAGGUGGAUGAGGAGCAGUACUCAAAGAUAGUACGAGAGAGACAAGAAGAUGACUGGAUUAUUGAUGAUGAUGGAAUAGGAUAUGUGGAGGAUGGGAGAGAAAUCUUUGAUGACGACUUGGAUGAUGAUGUAGUAGAGAACAACAAGGGAAAAGCAAAUGCUAAAGGAGCCAACUCCAAAAAAAAUGUGAAGAAACCUGUCAUAGCCAGGCCCAACACCAUUAAGAGCCUAUUCAUGAACAGUAAUGUCAAGAGGCCUGCUGAGAAAGAUGUGGACCUGUCCAAAGAUGACCUAUUAGGAGAUAUCCUGCAGGAUUUGCACUCAGAGAAACUGCCCUUUCUGGCUCCUCCGCCAGUGGUUACUCUGAAGAAAAAGAAGUCUCUUGGAUCACCUAUGAAUCCUUUUUCUGUUAAAGCUCCGGUGCCAAAGGAGUCACCCUCAGCAACAGGGUUGAAGGCCAGAGUUAUCAAGCCACCACCUUUGGACCCACCCUGCCCUCCUCCCUCCACACCUGCGGUUCCCAAGGAGAAGAAGAAGGAAGAAGUGGACGAGCUGGAUGAAGAGGAGGUGGAUAAUGCGGUGUAUGAUGGGGUGGACUUUGAUGAGCCGAUGGAGGUUGGGCUAGAGGAGAAGACUACAGUUGCAGAGGCUGCUGAGCCUGAAUCUAAAGCCGCACCAGUGCUUACAAUGGAGCCCAAAGCAAAGCCUCAGGAUGCUGUCGUCUUGUCCAGUUGGAUCGGAAGCUCUUGGGGACAAGAGGAGACAGGUGAAGUCAGUGAGACUCCAGCAGAGGUACAGGUGGAUUCCAGCCAACUCCCACUGGUGGAGGGGGCAGACGGAGAGCAGGUUUUCAGAUUCUAUUGGUUGGAUGCUUUUGAAGACCCUUAUAACCAACCAGGUGUGGUGUACCUGUUUGGAAAAGUGUGGAUUGACUCUGCAAAGUCUUAUGUCAGCUGCUGCGUUACUGUCAGGAACAUUGAGCGGACUAUGUACUUCCUACCUCACGAAUAUAAAGUCAACCCCAAGACUGGAGAGGUGUCAGACACUCCUGUAGGAAUUAUGGACGUCUACCAAGAGUUCAGCGAGCUCUCUGAGAAGUUCAGGAUCAUGAAGUUCAAGUCCAAGAAAGUGGAGAAAAACUAUGCUUUUGAGAUUCCUGACGUGCCCAGUCAGUGCGAGUAUCUGGAAGUCAGAUAUUCUGCUGAAUUCCCUGCGCUGCCGUCUGAUCUUAAGGGGGUGACCUUCUCUCACAUUUUUGGAACCAACACUUCAAGUCUGGAGCACUUUCUCCUCAGCAGAGGGCCGUGCUGGCUGGACAUCCAGACCCCACAGCUGAUCAGCCAGGCAGUCAGCUGGUGUAAGGUGGAGGCUCUGGCCCUGAGGAUGGACCUGGUCACUGUGGUCAAGGAUCUGCCCCCUCCACCUCUCAGCGUCAUGUCCAUCAGCCUCAAGACUGUCCAGAACCCCAAGACCCAUCACAACGAGAUUGUGUCCCUGGCUGCACUCAUCCACUUCCAGUUCCCUGUGGAUAAAGCUCCACCUCAACCUCCAUACCAAAACCACUUCUGUGUGGUCAGUAAACCAGCUGACUGUAUCUUCCCAUAUGACUUCCAAGACGCCGUGAGAAAGAAGAAUGGGAAGGUGGAGAUUGCUGCUACAGAGCGGACUCUGCUCGGCUUCUUCUUGGCCAAGAUGCACAAGAUUGACCCAGAUGUGCUAGUGGGUCAUGACAUCUUUGGUUUUGAUCUGGAAGUGCUUCUGCAGCGGAUCAACACGUGCAAGGUUCCACACUGGUCUAAGAUUGGACGCCUCAGGAGGGCCAACAUGCCCAAAUUAGGGGGUCGCGGUGCCUUUGCAGAGAAGAGUGCAACCUGUGGCCGCCUCGUGUGUGAUGUGGAGAUCUCAGCCAAGGAGUUGAUCCGCUGCAAAAGUUACAGUCUGACUGAACUGGCUACACAGGUGCUGAAGAUGGAGAGAGUCACAGUCCCUCAGGAAGACAUCAAAAAUCUCUAUAGUGACUCUACUAACCUGCUCUGCAUGUUGGAGUUGACAUGGACAGAUGCCAAGCUGAUCCUCCAGAUAAUGUGUGAGCUCAAUGUGUUGCCCCUGGCCCUGCAGAUCACCAACAUUGCCGGCAACGUCAUGUCCCGUACUCUGAUGGGCGGUCGCUCUGAAAGGAAUGAGUUUCUGUUGCUUCAUGCCUUCCAUGACAAAAACUACAUCGUCCCUGACAAGCCCUCCUUCAGAAAAGCCCAGCUCGAGAUGAUUGAUGGGGAAGAAGACUUGGAUGCAGGGAAAGGCAAGCGCAAGAAGAAGGCAGCCUAUGCUGGAGGUUUAGUGCUGGAUCCUAAAGUUGGUUUCUACGAUAAGUUUAUUUUGCUGCUUGACUUCAACAGUCUGUAUCCAUCAAUCAUCCAGGAGUUCAACAUCUGCUUCACCACUGUGCAGAGGGAAGCUCACACCACACAGAAGAAGACUGAGGAGGAUGAGCCAGAGGAGAUUCCAGAGAUUCCAGAUUCCAACCUGGAAAUGGGAAUCCUGCCCAAGGAAAUCAGGAAGCUGGUUGAGCGGCGAAGACAGGUCAAACAGCUGAUGAAACAGCAAGACCUCAACCCCGAUCUCUACCUGCAGUACGACAUCCGUCAGAAGGCUCUGAAGCUGACUGCUAACAGUAUGUAUGGCUGCCUGGGAUUCAGCUACAGUCGCUUCUAUGCCAAGCCACUCGCAGCACUGGUCACACACAAGGGUAGAGAGAUUCUGAUGCACACCAAAGACUUGGUUCAGAAGAUGAAUCUGGACGUCAUCUACGGAGAUACUGACUCCAUUAUGAUCAACACCAACAGCAGGUCUCUGGAGGAAGUUAUCAAGCUUGGUAAUAAGGUGAAGGCAGAAGUCAAUAAACUCUACAAACUGCUAGAGAUCGACAUUGAUGGGGUGUUCAAGUCUCUUUUACUGCUGAAGAAAAAGAAAUAUGCAGCCCUGGUGGUGGAGAAUCACGGCGAAGGACGAUACAGUGUCAAGCAAGAGCUCAAAGGAUUGGACAUUGUCCGCAGAGAUUGGUGUGGCCUGGCAAAGGAGUGUGGCAACUAUGUCAUUGGUCAGAUCUUGUCGGACCAGAGCCGUGAUGUAAUUGUGGAGAACAUCCAGAAACACCUGGUGGAAGUUGGAGAGAAGGUGGCAAAUGGAGCGGUCCCCCUCAACCAGUACGAGAUACACAAGGCACUGACAAAGGAUCCUCAGGACUAUCCAGACAAGAAGAGCCUCCCUCAUGUCCAUGUGGCGUUAUGGAUCAACUCCCAGGGUGGUCAUCGGGUCAAAGCUGGAGACACAGUUUCUUACAUCAUCUGCAAGGAUGGCUCCACAUUGCCAGCCAGUCAGAGAGCCUAUGCUUUAGAGCAGCUUCAGAAGCAGGAGGGUCUCAGUCUGGACACUCAGUACUACCUGGCCCAGCAGAUCCACCCUGUCGUGUCUCGCAUCUGUGACCCUAUCGAGGGCAUUGACAGCAUACUCAUAGCCACGUGGCUCGGCCUAGACCCCAGUCAGUUCAGGGCUCACCAGCAGCACCAGAGGGAGGAAGAGGCUGACAGUAUGCUGGGAGCUCCGGCCCAGCUGACCGACGAGGAGCGCUAUAAAGACUGUGAGAGGUUCACUUUCACCUGCCCACAGUGUGGUACUGACAACGUCUACGACAGCGUCUUCAAAGUAGACGAAUCAUUUGUGGCGCCCAGCUUGAGCCGAUGCUGUAACGUGACUUGUGGAAGCAGCCCCAUCAGCCACACCAUUAAGAUCAGCAAUAAACUUGUGCUUGACAUCCGUCGCCACAUCAAGAAAUACUACUCUGGCUGGUUGGUUUGUGAGGACCAGGCCUGUCAGAACAGGACAAGACGUUUGCCCAUUGCCUUUUCCAGACACGGACCCAUCUGCCCUGCCUGCACCAGGGCAACUCUCAGACCAGAGUACUCCGAGAAGGCCCUGUACAACCAGCUCUGCUUCUACAGGUUCAUCUUUGACUGGGACUACACACUAGCCAAACUGUCACAGGCUGAUAGGAGAAAAAUUUCAAACAAAGAACAGGACAUGUACCGGGACAUGUACCGGAAGCUGAUGCACGUCCCAGAGAAAGUCUUGGCCACCAGUGGCUACUCGGAGAUUAACCUGGCCAAACUUUUCCAGGCCUUCUCCUCCUUCAAGUAAAGCAGCACAUGUGUAAAGACAUCACCACCACCAGGAGGCUUCAGCAUCGGACUCAAAGCUGGAGAUUUGCACAUUCAACCCUGUCUGAACCAGAUUUUAGGCAUUGACCUCUUAACCUUCAUAUCAUCUUCUCUGAGCCUAACGGGCUUGUUGUAUGUGUUAAAACCCAAUCCGUGCCUUUCUCCUGCUCCCAUUUCUUCACAUAGAUGCUCUGUGCAGACACAUGAUGUGGCCCCCUUCACCCUGUAGCAAUCGUACCUAAAUGGCAGUUUAUAGUGUGUGUGUGGAGGCUUGCUGGGCCCAGAUGUGUGAAAAAAGUGACUUGUGCUCAGAGCAGAUAGUAUACUCCAAAAGACGCUAAUUAGCCAUUGAUGGUGACCCCGGCUACUAACACCACUGAACGCCUGCGGUGAUCGGACACUCGUUCUGAUUACCACCAUUCAUCCCAAGUGUGUGUCAGAUCAGAGGAUGGACAUAAGGACGAUGCAGGGAGGCAUUUUGUCUCUGUUGAACAGCUGAUCAUCAUCACCACCACCUCUGGUUAACUGUCAUUUCGUUGCUUUCACUCCUUUUUCUCUCCUUUUUAUGUAGAUUGAUUAAAUGUAUGUGACCUUCUGUGUCUGAGUUGUAUCACUCAGGAGGGGUUUUGUCACACCUAGAAUAAUUCAUGCUGGGUGUUUUGAUGUUAAUGACGAUCCUUUUGAUACUGGAACCUUAAUAAAAAGAUAAAUGGAUAAGAUGUGAAUCAUGUAUU